CUCUCACAUAACUUUAAGAACCAGAAACAUCACCGCUAUUCAUGAUACUAACUUCACUUCCUUAGAUUGGCGACACAUUUUUGACAUCAGCUUGUACUGCUUCGAUAACCCGCCCGGUUCAAGAGGAGAUUAAUGUUGUGAUCUACACCUCUGUGUGCUCACUGUACGUCAAAUUCAAUGCUUUGGACACACUCAAAUACAGCUGAAUGGCACGUCAGCAAGUGGAAAAGAUUCGUUGACCCGUUGCACCAUUUCUCAACAAAUGUGAUAUCUAAACGCUGUGAAGCUUGAUUCGUUGAAGCGUUGGACAAAACGACUUAGAACUCAUCGAGUUGUGCAAAUCUUGUCUUCAAUAGAAAACGCAGCAAACAAGCAACACUCGUAUGCUUGGAAUCCAACCGAGCCUCCUCAAUAAACACGACAUUUACAUUAGUAUCGUAGAUGAAGCAGUUUUCAUUCAUCAAUAUCCAAAUGAGGCUGCAUUGUUCAUACGGCAGGAAGCUCUUGAGAGGAGUGGAGAGUAGACCACUGUCACCCCAUUAUAUCGUUUCACAACGUUCAGGUUUUUGAGCACGAGCUGGAGGUUAUUUGGUGAGGUUGGGGAUAUUUUGCUUUCGAGUGUCGGCUAGGGUUUGGCGACGAGGUGUGACAACGAUGGCCCAGACCUGUUGCAGCUGCAGAGCGGGGGCGUUACAGUCCUCAGCCGCAGCUGCAUUGGUGAGGCCCGACUGCGGAGACAGGCGUGGCGAGCGUGCUUCGGCGUUGGCGUUUGCAAAGGCCGGCGGUGUGCGAGCGUCGCAGAAAUUACAGUCCAAUGAAGAACAAUUCUCUAGGAGCGCUUUCUUCCGAGGUGUACCAGAGGUAAAGGUUGGCGCUCCGAGGAGGAGUAGGAGCACAAUGGCCGCCGGUCCUAGCUCCGGCGGGGUUGUCAGCAUUUUAAGUGAAGAGAAGGGUAUGGAGCAUAUGGGAAUGGCGGCGGUGAAGGAGGCGGACGUGGCUGCCAUUGGUGCAAUUGAGACCAGAAUCAGCAGUGGCAAAUCCCUGACAGCUCCGACUCCGAGGGAUUUUGUUUCCAGGUAUGCUGAUGAUGAGCCCCGCAAGGGCUCAGACAUUCUUGUGGAGGCCCUCGAAAGAGAGGGCGUGCGCACCACAUUUGCGUACCCUGGCGGCGCCUCGAUGGAGAUUCACCAAGCUCUCACCAGGUCCAACGUCAUCAGAAAUGUGCUGUGCAGGCACGAGCAGGGUGAGAUUUUCGCUGCUGAGGGCUAUGCGAAGUCUUCAGGACGUGUUGGAGUUUGCAUUGCGACUUCCGGACCGGGAGCUACCAAUCUUGUGACGGGAUUUGCUGAUGCGUUGCUGGACCGCGCACGCUGCACUGCCGUCACUGGUCAAGUGCCUCGGAGGUUUAUCGGCACUGACGCACUUCAGGAGACUCCCAUUGUGGAGGUCACUCGGUCGAUUACCAAGCACAACUAUUUGGUCAUGACAGUUGAGGAUAUUCCUCGCGUCAUUCGGGAGGCGUUUUUCCUUGCUGCAUCAGGGCGCCCUGGUCCAGUACUGGUUGACAUCCCGAAAGACAUUCAGCAACAAAUGGCCAUUCCUGACUGGAAUCAACCAAUGAAGCUCCAAUCAUACUUGAGUCGUCUUCCUCCUCCUCCACAGAUCUCCUUGAUGCAGCAGAUCAUCCGCCUCCUGGCCACUGCUAAGAAGCCUGUCAUCUACUCUGGUGGUGGCUGUUUACACGCAAGUAAGGAGCUCCGGGAAUUUGUCGAGCUCACUGGCAUUCCAGUAACAUCUACCUUGAUGGGAUUGGGAACAUUCCCUGCUUCAGAUAAGCGGUAUCUGUCCAUGCUCGGAAUGCACGGAACAGUGUACGCCAAUUAUGCCGUCGACAACGCAGAUAUGCUUUUGGCGUUUGGAGUGCGAUUUGAUGAUCGUGUGACUGGAAAGUUGGAGUCGUUCGCCUCAAGAGCCAGUAUAGUGCACAUUGAUAUUGACCCUGCGGAAAUUGGAAAAAACAAGCAGCCUCAUAUUUCCAUUUGCGCUGAUGUGCAGCUGGCUCUUGCCGGGCUCAACAAGCUUAUUAAGGAGGGGCCAGCUGAAAGGCCAGACUUUUCAGCCUGGCGAGCGGAACUUGACGGCGUGAAGCUGAAGUGGCCUAUGAAGUUCCCUAAAUUUGACAAUUCCGUGAUUGUACCGCAGCUUGCCAUCCAGACCUUGUGCGAGUUGACAGGAGGCAAUGCUAUCAUUUCAACUGGUGUAGGGCAACACCAAAUGUGGGCCGCACAAUGGUACGAGUACGAGCAACCGAGAAGGUGGCUAACUUCGGGUGGACUUGGAGCUAUGGGUUUUGGUUUGCCAUCUGCCCUCGGUGCUGCCGCUACACACCCUGAUAUCCCCGUGGUUGAUAUCGAUGGAGACGGAAGUUUCAUUAUGAACAUUCAAGAGCUUGCUACGAUACACGUGGAGAAGCUGCCGGUGAAGAUUAUGAUCUUGAAUAAUCAGCAUUUAGGUAUGGUGGUCCAAUGGGAAGAUCGAUUCUACAAGGCAAACCGAGCUCAUACCUAUUUAGGUGACCCAGAGGCUGAAGCAGAUAUCUACCCUGACUUUUGCAAGAUUGCGGAGGGUUGCAAGGUACCUUCAGCUCGUGUGACACGGAGAGAACACUUGAGGGAUGCAAUUACCAAAAUGCUUGAAACCCCAGGACCUUAUCUCCUGGAUGUUAUCGUCCCCCACCAGGAACAUGUGUUGCCUAUGAUUCCAGGAGGAGCCAGUUUCAAGGAGAUCAUUACUGAGGGAGAUGGCCGACAAAUUUACUGAGCAGUAUGCUUAUGAAGAAAGUUUUGUAGGUUGUGCUCCGCAUUCGCAAUGCGAAAUCAUCUGUCAAGGAGUUUUGGUUUAUGAAGUUAAUUUGGGUCAUUACGCGCAGGAGAUGGAAGCGUACUAGCACUCCGCAUCCAUCUGAUGUAAUGUCUUGUAUGGACUAGCUUAUCAUAAUAUUUAUGAUGACAGUUUGAGGGAGAAUCAAUUCCAGAUAUAUCAAUUCAAGCAGUACUGAAGUUGAAGUGAUCUCUAUCAGGCUAGCCUAGGGUGAUAAGCAUCUGCCUUCGGAAACAUUAUGAGACUGUAAUGUUUGAAUUUCUGAUUACGUAUACUUUCAUGUAAAUUUUUAGGAUAGAGGUGGCAAUACCGAAAGUACGUUGGCCCCUUUCUUAGACGCAGUUUUGCUCGUGUACCUUCAUCCUGAAGUAGGGUGUUUGUUGUAAUUGAUUUUAGCUUUAAACAUUCAGUUGCAGCAUCAA